AUGGGUAGUGUUUCUCAAAAAUGGGCUUGUGUUUCUCUUCUUUUCUUCAGCAUUGUUCUGCAUUUGAGUGCCCUCGCUCUUGGCUAUGGUGAUGAUUGCGGCCGGUUUGGUCGAAGGGGUUGCGGUGGUGGGUGGGGCGGACGUGAGGGCGGUGGUCGUGGCGGUUGGGGUGGACGCGAGGGCGGUGGCCGUUAUGGUGGUGGUAGGGGCGGUGGUGGAGGACCUGGAGGAGGUUUUGGUGGAGGACCUGGUGGCGGUGGAAGACCUGGAGGAGGUUUUGGUGGAGGACCCGGAGGUGGUGUGGGUGGUGGAGGAGGGCUUGGGGGUGGAGGUGGUGGAGGUCUUGGAGGUGGUUCGGGUGGAGCUGGUGGCGGCGUUGGUGGGGGUCCUGGAGGAGGUGUUGGUGGGGGCGGUGGCUUAGGAGGUGGUGGUGGCGGCGGUGUUGGAGGUGGUUCAGGUCAAGGCGGUGGGUUUGGUGCUGGCGGAGGAGUAGGUGGUGGUGCAGGAGGAGGUGUAGGUGUUGGUGGGGGUGGAGGCGGAGGUAGUGGAGGUGGUGGGGGUCUUGGAGGUGGCUCGGGUCAUGGUGGUGGGUUUGGAGCCGGUGGAGGUGUAGGUGGUGGUGCGGGAGGAGUGGGUGUCGGUGGUGGUGGAGGUGGAGGUAGUGGAGGCGGUGGCGGUCUUGGGGGUGGUUCUGGUAAAGGUGGUGGGUUUGGAGCGGGGGGUGGUGUAGGUGGUGGCACAGGAGGAGUGGGCGUCGGUGGUGGUGGAGGAGGUGGUAGCGGAGGCGGCGGCGGUCUUGGAGGUGGUUCUGGUCAAGGUGGUGGGUUUGGAGCGGGGGGCGGUGUAGGCGGUGGUGCGGGAGGAGUGGGAGUCGGUGGUGGUGGAGGUGGCGGUAGUGGAGGUGGCGGUGGCGUCGGGGGCGGUUCAGGUCAUGGUGGUGGUUUCGGAGCCGGGGGAGGUGUAGGUGGUGCAGGAGGAGGUUUGGGUGGUGGCGGUGGUGGAGGAGGUGGUGGUGGAGGCGGAGGCCAAGGUGGAGGAUUCGGAGCUGGUGGUGGAGUAGGUGGUGGAGCAGGGCAAGGCGGAGGAGUUGGUGGAGGCAGCGGUCUAGGAGGAGGAGCUGGUGGAGGUUUGGGAGGCGGCCGAGGUGGCGGUGGAGGUUUGGGCGGUGGUCAUGGAAUUGGUGGUGGUGGAGGAAUCGGAAUCGGAAUCGGUGUGGGCGUUGGUAUUGGAGUUGGAGGAGGUGCUGGUGGUGGUACUGGUGCUGGAGUUGGAUCUGGCACCGGUGUUGGUGGUGGUGGUGGACGGUAA